GCCUCUUCCCCCGCACUAUCUUCCAUAACUUCAGUACAAGUGAUUUGAGCGGUAUCGAAAGGUUCGCGCGUCUCUUCGUGGUGUGUUGGGCCGCGCGGGAUCAAAACAGACACUCCCCAAUUUAAUAACAUCGGCCGUUGAAGAGAAGUUGUAAAAACUCGUAAAUUUCAAAGAGAAAAUUCCACUAUCUGUGUAAAAAAUUGUUGUCAAAUCCGAGUUAGGAAACCUUUCUUUUUUACCGUAAAAAUACCACUUUGCUUUUAUAGGUACAAGUUAUAUAGGUAUGACUUUAUUAUACGAAAUUUUGUUAAAAAACUAGGGGUUACGCCUCCUCAACGCUUUGUGCCGCAGGCGUAAUGCUUUACGUGUUACACAUUUUAUUAAAUAAUAUCGAGGAAGAUCUUACAUGCACUUGGUAUGAAGUUAACUGUGGUGCUGAUAGUGCUUAGUUGGUCGCACAGCUAUGACGCCUUUAGCGUUCUUGUAUUUUUGCCAAACCCUCUUCGAAGCCACUACGAUCAAGUGGAACCAAUAUUUUACGCACUUGCACUCCGCGGCCACAAUGUCACCGUCGUCAGCCCGUACCCACCAAAGGACCAGACAUCCAAUCUUCGACAUAUUUUCUUAUCCGCGGACCGAUUCAUGAAACAUACAGCUGCUGACUGGAACAUGAUGGAGCUCUCGCUGACGGACGACCAGUUCAGCAUCGACCAAUGGAAGCUCCACGCCGACGUAUUCGUGCCCGAAGUCCUGGGCUCCACCGUUUUCGGCGACCUGACCCGCGGCGCCUCGCGGUUCGACCUGGUCUUCCUAGAGCUGUUUUUUGGGCAGGAGGCGCUUGCCGUGCUUGGCCACAUCUUUGACGCUCCCGUCGUCACCUAUGCCUCCUUCGGUCACACCCCUGACGUGCUCCGCUUCGCCGGCGCCGCCAACGCCGUGGCCUAUCUCCCGUAUAUGGAGCUCCGCACGGCUGGACCCCUCAGUCUCUUCCAAAGGCUCAGGAAUACGUGGAUGCAGUACGCGUCCAUGCUGUAUCACGAGUACUGGUACUAUCCGCAGCAUGACGCCUUGCUUGCCAAGUAUAUUUCAAAACCUCUGCCUCGUAUUAGAGACAUGCUGCACAAUAUUUCUUUAUACCUACUUACUGGAAACGUUGCCGUGGAUGGAGCCAAACUUUAUCCGCCACACGUUAUCGAGAUAUCGGAGCUGAACAUCAAAGGCACAAACCCUUUGGACGAGGAAAUCAAGGUCAUCAUGGAUCAAGCGGAAAACGGAGUAAUAUUUUUCUGCUUCGGGACAUUGUUGCAAGCAAGCAGUUUCCGAAAGGAGGCUGUCAACACUUUUUUGUCCGUAUUUAAGGAGUUGAAGCAGACGGUUUUGUGGAAAUCCAACCUCAACGCCUCGGAUUGGGAUAUUCCUAAAAAUGUCCAUAUGAGAAAUUGGUUUGACCAGCCAAGUAUUCUAGCGCACCAGAAUUGUGUCCUGUUUCUUACUCACGGAGGAUUAUCGAGUAUGAUGGAAGCCAUUCGUUAUGCUGUCCCGGUUGCGGGUAUGCCUUUCUACGGGGACCAGUGGAGGUUGCUGGCUUAUGCUGAGUACCUCGGAUACGGACUUCGUCUAGAAUACAAGAAUCUCACUCAAAAAUCCUUGAGUUGGGUCAUUAAGACCGUGCUGGAAGACCCCACAUAUAAGGAGAACAUAAGGAGGGCCUCGAAAAUUUUGAGUGAUAAGCCUAUGACGUCACUCGAGACGGCCGUGUAUUUUCUCGAAUACGUCGUCCGGCACAAAGGAGCCCACCACUUAAAGCCACUAGCGACCAAAAUCCCCACUUACCAGCUAUUUCUAAUAGAUGUCAUUGCAAUUUAUGGAACAUUGUUUUUUGUGGUGUUCUAUCUCAUCCUGAAACUAGUAAUUUUAUCGUGGACAAGAAUUUGUAAAACUCAACUGAAGGAAAAAGCCGAUUAGCAGGAUUGCCUCACCCCAAAUUGGACGUAUUUCUAUCAAACAGAUUAAUGUGCAGGUGAGAAAUAUGGGGUGUUCUCGAGAAAGCUGCACAAGAAACAAUGUAAAAGUGGGCGUAAUUCCUUUUGAAGAAUUGGAAAAGUGGGAUUUUAAAUUCAGCAAACAGAACUAUGUGCCAACUGAAUGCGGGAUAUAUGAGCCGCGAGCAUGGGACGAGAGCGUUGUGGACAGGCUCAUGCAUGAGUUAGGUAAUGACCACUAUGAAGAGCCGCGACCGCAACGAUGGCAUCCAUCGCCGUUGACAUCACUGGCGCUUUAUUAUUCUCAUUCACUCCAUCACUCUUAUGGUUGGACAACUGACGAGCACACCCCAUAUUUCUCACCUGCACAUAAAUCUGUUUGAUAGAAAUACGUCCAAUUCUGUUUUCAUGGUAGCUGUUUUAGUGCUAAAUUGAAUGAUUGCUGCAUUUUUAAAACAUAAAAAUUCUGCAAGUAAGACUUCAUAGGUAUUUAAAAGCCAAUUGUUUCUUAAACUGAUAAAAUUCACUGUAGAUCAAAUAUUUUUCUUCAUAUCAUGACAUUGUUUUACUAGUGAAACUAAACAACUUUACAAUAAAACUAUACUUAUUUUAGUUUUUGAA